CUUCUAAACUCGUCAACAAGCCAUCGACAAAUCAGUUGAGUCGUUGUCGAGCUGUACGUGUGCGAUUCCCCUAAUUGCUUAUAUUUUGUAAUUAGAACGUGCAAAACAUUAAAUUCUUGGUCGGAUCAGUUGAGAAUAACAUCUCAAUCGUUGCAGUCGUGUGUUCAUUGUCAACAGGAAGGCAACCAUGGUCCUAACACUAUACAAGAUGGACGCCAGCCCGCCAGUUCGGGCAGUCUACAUGGUUAUCGAAGUCCUCAACAUACCCAAUGUAAAAUACGUCGACACCAACCUGCUGAAUGAUGAUCAUCUCACUGACGAAUUCUUGAAGAUGAACCCGCAGCACACAAUCCCUUUGCUGACAGAUGACGAUUACGUCGUCUGGGACAGCCACGCCAUCUGCACAUAUUUGCUGAACAAAUACGGCAAAGACAGCCUUCUGUAUCCAACCGAUCCGAAGAAAAGGGCCGCCAUCGACAUGAAGCUGCACUUCGACAGCGGGAUCCUUUAUCCAGCUCUUCGAGAAAAUGAUGAGCCAAUAUUCUUCUGGGGUGCGACGUCAUUCAAGCCGGAAGGUUUGGCCAAGAUCAAAUCAGCAUACGAGUUCAUGGAGAAGUUUCUCGAAUCGUCGCAAUGGCUGGCAGGGGACGAAGUCACUGUGGCGGACAUCUCCUGCGUGGCCACCAUCAGCUCAUUGAAGGAAUUGAUGCCAAUUGACAGUAAACUAUAUCCAAAACUCACAGCCUGGUUGCAACGCUGCUCUCAACUUGAUUUCUACAAGAAAGGAAACGCAAAAGGCGAAGCUGAAUUUGCACAAUUAUUAAAGGAAUAUCUGGCAAGAGGCAAAUAAUUACGUUUUUAAUAAAGGGACAAUGAAUAACGCGGUCAUGUGAAAAUGGCAAUAAAUUGUUAUUAAAAUAUG